AUGGCAGAGAAUAGUAAUAAAUAUCACUCAGGUACAAUUUUCUCACCAAUGACUAGCCAUCCAAUUACGCUCUAUAUAUUUUUUUAUCUCUAA